AUGAGUUCUUCUUCACCUUCUUCUUCUUCGCCUCACCGUUCUCGUGGUGGUGGUGAUAAUGGUACUAGUAGCAAGAGCAAGGGUGAAGAUAGACCACGCUUCUUCGAUUCAAAAGCAAAGAGCAAUUGCUGGGCAAAGGCUGAUGUAGUGCCAGGUCGACACCCUGAGAGGUGGCGCAAAGACGCUGCUGGUAACGUUGUCUGUAAGCGCUUCUGCAACUGCCAGGGCUGCCUCUGCUUCGAGUACGAUCACAUAGUUCCCUUCUCCAAAGGUGGUGAAUCCACUGAAGACAAUUGUCAGAUUCUUCAAACAAGAGUGAACAGAUUCAAAUCAGACAAAGACCAGAUUGACAAAACUCAAUUGAAAGGUUACUCUUGUGAUGUCAAGUUUACAGAUAAGGAGCUUGACAUAAUUGAAAUGGCCGUGUAUGGUGAUGUGAUUCGGCCAGGAAACCAGUGCCGAUGCAGAACUGUAGCCGAGAUGCUUGGCCAGUACAAGUCAAAAGACAAAACGGCUGCUUGCAAGUUACCCUAG